AUGAGUACUGAUAUCGACGGCAUGACCCAGGGCUUCCAGAUGAUUCAUGAUAUCUGGGGGUUCGUAAUCGAGAUUGGCAUUGGCCUAUUUGUUCUCCAGAGAUACGUUGGAUAUCCCGCCUUUCUCAUCGUCGUGCCAUCAUUUUUAAGUCUGGUGGGCAUUCACUUUGUCAGCCUGGGAAUGGGUCCUGCCAGGGUCGCUUGGAAUCAGGGUGUGCAAAAGAGAGUUGCGCAGACUUCGUCCAUGCUUUCCCAGAUGAAGGGUAUCAAGAUGAUGGGCUUGUCUGGCUACAUCCACGGCUCAAUUCAAGGAAUUCGAAUAUUUGAAGUCAACUUGUCGAAGAAAUUUCGUAUGCUUAUCGUUUGGCUGAACUGGAUCGGUGCCAUCGAACUCAAGACCAUGAACCCUGGCUCAAAUGCCACGUCAACGACAGGUGCUUCUAGCACAUCGGUAGUUGAACUUGAAAAUGCCUCUUUCAAGACAAAGGACGACACCGAGGUGCUGCACAGUAUCUCCCUCAAGAUUCCGCCCUCGAAGCUAACUCUUCUGAUUGGACGGGUCGGCUGUGGUAAAUCAUCACUUCUCAAAGCCAUCCUAGGAGAAAUGUACAUCACUUCUGGCUCUCUGGUCGUCCGGACUCCGUCGAUCGCAUACUGCGACCAAGUCCCAUGGCUGAUGAACAAAACAAUCAAGGAAAACAUUGUUACUGUCUUGGAUUUCGAUCAGGAUUGGUACUCUCAAGUCACUCAAGCAUGUGGGCUAGAGCAGGAUUUUGCCGCACUUGAUGCAGGAGAUUCUACGCUUGUUGGCAGUGGAGGUGCGGCUCUUAGUGGUGGGCAAAAGCAGAGAGUGGCAUUGGCUAGAGCCGUGUAUGCUCGUCAGGAACUACUACUUCUUGACGAUAUUUUCAGCGGCCUGGACAACACAACUUCAAACUUCGUCUUUAACCGUCUGCUUGGUCUGAACGUGAAGUUCCUACAUCACGCCGACUUCAUCACAGUACUUGAUUCUGGUAGCACGACAUACAAUCAAGUCAAGUUUGACUCGGUGGACCCAUCUACAUGGGGUAUACUGGAAGAAGAUUCAUCGAGCGAGGAAGUCUCAGCUGCUGAAGAUGGAGAAACACAAGACCAGCCAAAGAAGGACAAGCUGAUACAACCGACUCCUGCAAAGGAUGGCCUGGACAUGUCACGAGCAACGGGUGACACGAGCCUUUACGUAUUCUAUAUUCGAAGCGUUGGUGUUCCUCUUUGCCUGGGCUUCCUGGGUCUUGCAGCAAUAUUCAUAUUUGGCGGGAAAGUUACUCAAAUCUGGCUUCGAAUCUGGACGGAACGGGGAACUAACACUGACACGGAUUUCUACGUCGGUAUAUACGCUACCAUCGCUCUAUUGGUCUGCGUGGCAUGCUCAAUCACAGUGUGGUACUUUUUAUUGAUUCUCAUCCCCAAGUCGGCACAAAAUCUUCAUCUGCUGCUAUUGGACGCAGUCCUUGCAGCGCCUCUAUACUUCUUCACUACCACUGAUCUCGGCAUGACGUUGAAUAGGUUCAGCCAAGACAUGACAUUGGUUGACCAGAUGCUGCCAAUGUCAAUGUUUUCUACGGUGUUUGAGGCAGCACUUAUUGCAUCGGGAGCUACCUAUGUUGCGGCAAUCAUUCCCUUUUGCUUCGCAGCGUUGUAUCUUCUCCAAAAAUACUACCUGCGCACCUCCAGGCAAAUACGACAUUUAGAUCUCGAAGCGAAAUCACCCCUUUACACCCUGUUCACCGAGACACUAAGUGGUCUCAUCACGGUCCGCGCUUUCGGUUGGAAGGGCAGGUUCCUUACCCUCAACUCCAAACUUCUCGACGAGUCGCAGAAACCAUAUUACCUCCUCUUUUGCAUCCAGCGAUGGUUGAAUGUCGUGUUGGAUCUAUUCGUCGCCGGAGUCGCUCUUGUACUGAUCUCAUUUGCAUUGAACUUCCGUGGCACCACAGGGAAGGGAGCCAUCGGCUUGGCCAUGGUGAACAUCAUCAACUUCAAUACGAGCCUGUCACAACUCAUCAAUGCAUGGACACUGCUGGAGACUUCUCUAGGAGCGAUCGCGCGGCUCAAAACAUUUAUGGCAGACACACCUCAGGAAUCACUGGAGGCUGAAUGCCAGACUCCGCCUCCUGGAUGGCCGACAAACGGAGGCAUCGAGUUUCAGAAUGUUACUGCGAGAUACAGUCCGACUAGUGAAGCCGUCUUGCACAAUAUUUCAUUGAGCAUAAAGCCUGGCCAGAAGGUUGGCUUUUGCGGUCGAACCGGGAGCGGGAAGUCCUCAAUGAUCCUCACGCUUCUGCGAAUGCUCGAAUUACAAGAGGGCUCUCUUCGGAUUGAUGGUAUAGAUCUGUCUGUGCUCCCUCGACAGACCAUUCGUUCACUCUUGACAACUCUACCUCAAGAUCCUGUCAGGCUUGCCGGAACGGUCAGAGAGAAUCUGGACCCAGAAAACAAGCUUUCUCACAACACCAGCGAAAUCGAGGCUGUGCUUAAGAAGACAAACAUCUGGGAGAUGCUUGAGGCCCGUGGCGGUCUUGACGCAGAAUUUGACUCGGUUGGCUUCUCAGUCGGCCAGCAGCAGUUGUUCUGCCUCGCGCGAGCGAUCCUGCACAGGAGCAAAGUGUUGCUUCUGGACGAGGCUACGAGCAGUGUGGACAGGCAGUCGGACGAGGAAGUCAGAAAAGUCAUCAACGAGGAGUUUGCUGACUGCACUGUCAUCGAGGUGGCUCACCGGCUUGACAAUCUCGUCGACUUUGAUUUGAUUGUGGUCAUGGAGCAGGGGAGGAUUGCCGAGACGGGGAAUCCAAAGGAGUUGUUGGAAGGACCGUCGAAGUUCAGGAGUCUUUGGGAUAGCCAACGUGGAUAA